GGCUGGAGAGAUCGCCGGGGAGCAUCGCCACCACUCCUGCACGGAGCCUCGCCUGGCCGAGCACUGCACCGUGCACACGGCGGGAUUGCACAACAUUCCUCUGAAAUAUACCUGCUAUUUAUGGCAUGUGGCUGAUAACAUUACUCCUGCUGUAUUCUUUUAAAGAAGUGAACAGUGAGGAUGUGGUCUCGACACGGCUGUACUUUGUGAACGCCUCCCUGCAGAGAGUGACCUUCUCCAGCUCAGUGGGGGUGUCCCUGCCCUGCCCAGCAGGUGGCGCCCCCCAUGCAGUCCUCCGCUGGUACCUGGCUACUGGCGACGACAUCUACGACGUGCCCCACAUCCGCCACGUCCAUGCCAACGGCACGCUGCAGCUCUACCCCUUCUCUCCAUCUGCCUUCAACAGCUUCAUCCAUGACAAUGACUACUUCUGCACUGCAGAGAACCAGGCUGGCAAGAUCCGCAGCCCCAGCAUCCGUGUCAAAGCAGUGUUCAGGGAGCCAUACACGGUUCGUGUGGCCGACCAGCGGUCCAUGCGGGGCAACGUGGCUGUCUUCAAGUGCCUCAUUCCUUCAGCCGUGCAGGAGUAUGUCAGUGUGGUCUCCUGGGAAAAGGACACCGUUGCCAUUGUUCCAGGUAACAGGUUUUUCUUGACAUCAUAUGGGGCCCUGUACAUAUCGGACGUGCAGAAAGAGGAUGCGCUUUCUACUUACCGCUGCAUUACCAAACACAAAUACAGUGGAGAGACCCGGCAGAGCAAUGGUGCUCGUCUCUCUGUGUUGGAUCCUACCGAGUCCACACCCUCAGUGAUGGACAGCUUCCAGUCAGGCGAAGUGCAGGUGGGUCGCAGCGUGGAGUUGCCAUGCAUUGCCUCAGGCUUCCCCAAUCCCACUAUCCGUUGGCUGAAGGAUGGCAGGCCACUUCCGGCUGACUCCCGCUGGACCAGGCGUCUCACAGGCCUUACCAUCAGCGACCUACGCAUGGAGGAUUCAGGCAACUACAUCUGUGAAGUCACCAAUAGCUUUGGCUCCAAGGAGGUCACAGGAUACCUCAAUGUGAUAGAGCCACUAAGGGUCACUGUCUCCCCUAAAAACUUGAAGACAGGUAUCAGCAGUACAGUGAUCCUGUCCUGUGCUGUUCAAGGUUCCCCUCAUUUCACUGUGUCCUGGUUCCGGAACACAGAGCCUGUACUUCCUGACCAGCACUUCUCCAUUCAGGGCACCAACAAUGAGACUCUGUUCAUCACUGCUGCCCAGAAAAGACACUCAGGCGCGUACCAGUGCUUUGCUACUCGCAAGGGUCAAACCGCCCAGGACUUCUCCAUUAUAUUGCUGGAAGAUGGCACACCAAGGAUUGUCUCAUCCUUCAGUGAACGUGUGGUGGCACCAGGCGAACCCUUCUCUCUAAUGUGUGCAGCCAAAGGUGCCCCUCCACCCACCAUCACUUGGACCCUGGAUGAUGAGCCAAUCGCUAGGGACUCGGCGCACCGGGCCAGUCAGUACACGCUCUCGGACGGCUCCACUGUAUCGCAUGUUAACGUCAGCAACCCACAGAUCCGCGACGGGGGCGUGUACCGCUGCGCUGCACGCAACUCGGCCGGUAGCGCCGAGUACCAAGCGCGCAUAAACGUAAGAGGCCCCCCAAGUAUCAGGGCCAUGCGCAACAUUACAGCCGUGGCUGGGCGCAACACCUUCAUCAAUUGCCGUGUGAUCGGCUACCCAUACUACUCCAUCAAGUGGUAUAAAGAUGGCAUGCUGUUGCCAGACAACCAUCGGCAGGUGGUAUAUGAGAAUGGUACACUCAAACUCAGUGAUGUGCAAAAAGGAAUGGAUGAGGGAGCGUACCUGUGCAGUGUGCUCAUCCAACCCCAGCUCUCUAUCAGCCAGACCGUCUAUGUCACUGUCAAAGUUCCCCCUCUCAUUCAGCCUUUUGACUUCCCCCCUACUUCAAUUGGUAAACUGAUGUACAUAGCAUGCGUAGUCUCAUCUGGGGACAUGCCCAUCCGGAUUACAUGGCGCAAAGAUGGUCAGGAGAUUGUGUCUGGCACCUCUGGUGUCACCAUUGAGACCAAGGAGUUCAUGAGCUCACUGCAGAUCUCCAAAGUUUCCCUAAAGCACAACGGCAACUACACUUGCAUCGCCAGCAAUGAUGCAGCCACCGUCAGCUCUGAAAGGCAGCUUAUAGUCACUGUCCCCCCUCGUUUCCGAGUUCAGCCUAACAACCAAGAUGGGAUCUAUGGAAAGUCUGGGGUUCUAAAUUGCUCUGUGGAUGGUUAUCCCCCUCCAAAGGUCAUGUGGAAACAUGCCAAAGGUAUUGGAAAUCCACAGCAAUACCAUCCAGUUCCUCUGACUGGCCGCAUCCAGAUCAUGCCCAAUGGUUCUCUUCUGAUCCGACAUGUUUUGGAGGAGGAUCGUGGCUACUAUUUGUGCCAGGCCAGCAAUGGUGUGGGCUCAGAUAUCAGCAAGAGCAUGUUGCUGACAGUCAAAAUUCCAGCCAUGAUCACCUCCCAUCCUAACACAACUAUGGCUAUAAAAGGCCAGAAUAAAGAACUAAACUGCACUGCCCGGGGUGAGUACCCUAUUAUCAUUCGCUGGGAACGUGGGGACACUGUCAUCGACCCUGACCGUAACCCUCGCUACUCAAUCACCACUAGCCCCAAUGAGAAGAGUGAUGAGGUGAUUUCCACGCUGAAGCUGAAGCCAGCUGAGCGUGGGGACUCUGUGUUCUUCUCAUGUCAUGCUAUCAACUCCUAUGGCGAGGGCCGUGGCCUCAUUCAGUUGACUGUGCAAGAGCCCCCUGAUCCUCCAGAGUUAGAAGUACGUGAGGUAAAAGAUCGCAGUAUGAACUUAAGAUGGACCCAGAGGUUUGAUGGGAACAGCAUCAUUACCAGUUAUGAUAUUGAAUACAAAAACAAAUCUGAUCCAUGGGAAUUGAAACAUGCUACACGCAAAAUUUCCCCAACCAAUAACCAGGCCAACAUAGUGGAGUUGCAUCCUGCUUCUGUCUACAGCAUUCGUAUGUACUCGUACAACAAAAUUGGCCGUAGUCAGGCCAGCAAAGAGCUCACUAUCAGCACAGAGGAAGCAUCUCCUGAUGGGCCACCCAUGGACGUCAUUCUGCAGCCUAUGACAUCACAGAGCAUCCGUGUUACAUGGAAGGCUCCCAAGAAGGAACUCCAGAACGGCGUGAUCCGUGGCUAUCAGAUUGGCUACAGAGAGAAUGGGCCUGGCAGUAACGGCCAGUACAGCAUAGUGGAGAUGAAGGCAACGGGUGACAGUGAGGUGUAUACACUGGAUAACCUGAAGAAAUUUGCCCAGUAUGGAGUGGUUGUUCAAGCCUUCAAUCGAGCUGGAACAGGUCCAUCCAGUUCUGAGAUCAAUGCUACCACACUAGAAGAUGUGCCCAGCCAGCCUCCUCAGAAUGUUCGGGCCAUCACAGUGACAUCAGAUGAGGCAGUGAUUACAUGGUCAGAGCCUCCGCGGAUGACCCUAAAUGGGGUCCUGAAAGGUUAUCGUGUGGUGUUCUGGUCCCUCUUCCCUGAUGGAGAAUGGGGUGAGAUGCAGAACAUUACUACAGUACGUGAGCAAGUGGAGUUGAAAGGCUUAGAAAAGUUCACAAACUACAGUGUCCAGGUGUUGGCCUACACACAGGCAGGGGACGGUGUCCGCAGCAAUGUUCUCUACAUACAGACGCGAGAGGACUACCCUGGCCCUCCAGCAGGCAUCAAAGCUGUCCCCUCCUCUGCCAGCAGUGUUGUGGUAUCAUGGCUCCCUCCGAACAAGCCAAAUGGCAUCAUCAGGAAAUACACCAUUUACUGCUCCAGCCCCGGCUCAGCCCAACCAGCUCCCAGUGAAUAUGAGGCAAACCCAGAAGUGCUGUUUUACCGCAUCACCCACCUGAAUCAAGGACAGCAGUACCUUAUCUGGGCAGCAGCUGUUACCACUGCCGGUCGGGGAAACAUCAGCGAGAAGGUCACUGUGGAACCUGCUUUAAAGGCUCCUGCUAAGAUACUAUCUUUUGGAGGUACAGUUACCACUCCAUGGAUGAAGGAGGUACGGCUGCCAUGUAGUUCAGUUGGGGAGCCAACUCCCACAAUUAAAUGGACCAAAGACAGUGAGAACACUGCUAUUCCCGUCUCUCAGGAUGGCCAGCGGAACAUUCUGGCAAACGGGACACUGUUGUUGCGCUCGGUAAAAGCAGAGGAUUCUGGGUACUACACCUGCACAGCCACCAACACACUAGGAUUCGAUACCAUAAUUGUGAACCUACUAGUGCAAGUCCCUCCAGAUCAGCCUCGUUUAACAGUCUCCACCACCUCAACCUCCUCUAUUACUCUGGCCUGGAUCCCUGGAGACAAUGGAGGAAGCUCCAUCAGAGGCUUUGUGCUGCAGUACUCUGUGGAUAAUACGGAAGAGUGGAGAGAUGUGUUCAUUAGCUCCACUGAGCGCUCUUUCAAGUUGGAUAACCUCCGCUGUGGCACCUGGUAUAAGGUCAAGCUAGCUGCCAAGAACAGCGUGGGAGCUGGUAGGAUAAGUGAAAUCAUUGAGGCGAAGACUCAUGGCAGAGAGCCCCAGUUCAACAAGGACCAGCCCCUGUUCACCCACAUCAACUCCACCCAUGCUCGGCUUAAUCUGCAGGGCUGGAGCAGUGGUGGCUGCCCCAUCAAUGCUGUGCUGCUUGACUUCCGGCCCAAAGGCAGCUAUGCCUGGCAAAGCAUACGCACCAAUGGCACAACCGAUGUCUUCCUGGCUGAGCUGCGUGAAGCCACCUGGUAUGAGCUGAAGAUGAAGGCCUGCAACAGUGCUGGCUGUGGCAACCAGACCUCCCAGUUUGCUACACUAGACUACGAUGGCAGUACCAUUCCCCCAAUCAAGUCUGCACGUGGGGAAGGCGAUGAUGUAAAAAAGCUGUUCUCCAUUGGCUGUCCUGUCAUUCUAGUUACAUUGGGCAUGGCCCUCCUCUUCAUCAUUCGAAAGAAACGCAAAGAGAAGAGGCUGAAGAGACUUCGGGAUGCUAAGAGUUUGGCUGAAAUGUUGAUCAGCAGUAAGAACAAUCGCAGUUUUGACACCCCAGUAAAGGGCCCACCCCAGGGGCCACGGCUGCACAUAGAUAUACCACGUGUACAACUGCUUAUUGAAGAUAAGGAGGGCAUCAAGCAGAUUGGUGAAGACAAAGCCACCAUUCCGGUGACAGACACAGAGUUCAGCCAAUCAGUAAACCCCCAGAGCUUCUGCACAGGCGUGUCUGUGCAUCAUCCUGCCCUCAUUCAGAACACUGGCCCCUUAAUUGACAUGUCUGAUAUUAGACCAGGAACCAAUCCAGUGUCAAGGAAGAGUGUUAAGUCAGCUCACAGUACAAGGAACCGUUACUCAAGCCAGUGGACCCUGACAAAGUGCCAGGCAUCCACACCUGCCCGCACCCUUACCUCUGACUGGCGUACUGUCGGCUCCCAGCAUGGUAUCACUGUAACAGAGAGUGACAGUUAUAGUGCCAGUCUGUCCCAGGACACAGACAAGGGCCGUAACAGCAUGGUUUCGACAGAGAGUGCUUCCUCUACAUAUGAGGAACUGGCUCGCGCUUACGAGCACGCCAAGCUGGAAGAGCACCUGCAGCACGCUAAGUUUGAGAUUACAGAGUGCUUCAUUUCAGACAGUUCUUCGGACCAGAUGACCACAGGUACCAAUGAAAAUGCUGACAGCAUGACAUCAAUGAGCACGCCAUCCGAGCCAGGCAUCUGCCGCUUCACAGCAUCUCCACCAAAACCGCAGGACUAUGACCGUGGCAAGAAUGUAGCGGUGCCAAUUCCACACCGUGCCAACAAGAGUGAGUACUGUAAUCUCCCCCUUUAUAUGAAGACAGAGCCAUUCUUCCGCAAACAAGCUGAGCUACAUGACCCAUGCCCAGUGGUGCCGCCACGUGAAGCUUCUAUUCGAAGUUUGGCGGCUCGUGCCUACCACACACAGGGCCGCCACAUGACAUUAGACCCAUCCAAACAGCAGGCCCUGACGCUCAGCCACGGUGGCUUAAGUAGCCUAACCAGCUCAGGAGCAUCAGGGCCAGCCUCCAGCACCACCACAGGUGGCUCCAGCAUCAGCUCGGGCACAUCCACAUUGCCCCAGAGGACUCUUACCAUGCCCAGCUCCUCCUCCACCUCCUCAGCCGGCCAAAGCACUGGAGCUGCUGGAGCUGCAGCUGGUGCUGUGGCCAGUUCUGGCUCCACAGGGGGAGGUGGCGUGAGCAGCAGCUCCAAGGUUGGUGGUUCAAGAGACUCUCUGCUGGAGAGCAGCUCAUCUGGAUUGGGCAGACUGCAGAAGCAGAGUGCUGGGGCGUAUUCAAAGUCCUACACACUGGUGUAGGCACUGUUCUCCCUCCUCCACACACAUAAAAACAUAUAUAAUUGCAUACAUUGAGAUACAUUUGGUGUCUGCCUGGCACAAGGUGGUGAAUGAACUGUGCACUGACUGGACUUAUCCACCACAGGGGUCUCUUUCGUACUGUCCCUCUUGUUCUUUCUUUCUCUCCCUUGCUCCCAUUUCCACCCUAACCUAUUUUUCUCUAUUUGUUCUUUCCCCCCUCUUUUUCACAUAAUAUAUUCGUCCUUUGGCCAUCUGUCUUCAAUUUUACUAUGCCAAACCUAUAUUUUUUUCUCUUUUCUCCUUUUUGUUCACUUUGAUUUAUUUUUCCACUGAAGACACCUUGGACCUUAUGCACAAAUUACAUUUGAUGUGCACUUGUUAAUUUGACUACCUGAGAGUAGGAAAAUUCAACAGUUUUAAAAUAUAUAUUGUUUCACACUAAUAUGUCUAGAUGUUUUUAAGGAGAUAAAUAUGUUUCUUUUUUAUGUCUCUUGCAAACGAAUAAGCAUAUUGCGAUGCAUUGCCUCGGAAGUGCUUAUGCAUAAAAGAAAAGCAGGCUUGGUGUCUUUUUUCCCUUCCUAGUCAGGCUGGUCUGGACAAGUCCGUGAUCGUGGCGUAUGCUGAUAAAGUUAAGUAUUUGGAUUUUUUUCAUACAGCUGAUAAACACAGUACAAAGUGUUAAUGACUAUUUUAAAAACAAAACUGAAAAAGAAAAACUGGAGCCAUUUCACGGAGGAUGGAUUUUUUUUCCCAUUGUUUAUUUAUUUAUUUAUUUAUUUAUUUUAAAUUUCUAGACUUUUCUCAGGCCUUCGCAUGUGGGUCUGUCUGAGUGUGCAUGUGUGUUUAUAUAUGUAAGUAUAUAUGUACACAUGUUAUAGGCACACAUCAUCAGAAGGCCCAAACAUUUGGGUUGGAUCUUUGGGGACAGAAGAAAAAACAAAUAGGGGUGUAAAGCUUUUCCCUGUAUUCUGCUCUGCUUCAAUAUUGAGUUAUAGCACUUACUGUCAAGCGAUAGAAAAUGGACAACUAAUAAAUUAAAAAGAGUGAGUUCAAGAGGUGGACAGACCUACCAUGCAGCAAAUUAAUUAACACUUGCAGUGCUCAUUUGUGUCCAGAGUUAAUACUAUAGGUGUUUUUUUCUGUGCCACCUGUUCCCCCAAUGCUCUAUAUCCCUUAACUAUGACUAUGUAAGGAUGGCUUCUGUUCUGAUGUCUGUUUUCUGUGCUUGAUUCAACCCCCAUGUAAACAUCUCACAGCUUGUUAUGGAUGGACAGAGCAUAGGUGUGUCAAGAAUUGAAGUAUGAGGGAUCAGAAAUAGAGAGAAUGGCAAGUGGAUGUAAUGGCGAGAUAUCUGCUGAUGCCAAUUAGCUUUUCUGCAGUUAGUACUUGUUUGUUCCGCCACUAGAGGGCAGUAUUGGCGCAUGUCUAUAGUGAUAGAGACACUAGCUUUUGUUAGUGUAGGGAUGAAUGCAGUGAAAAGUGGAGGCAAACUGCAAGGAAAGAAGCGAUAAUGCUUCUCUUUCUCAUGUCCUUUAAACACCAAACCUUGUAGAAGACAAGUUUCACACUGCACAAAAUUAAACAAACCAAAAUGUAAAAAACAAAAAACAGCAACAAAAAAAAAAAAAAAACAUUGGCUGAUGGGCAUGUGGAACAGAAAACGUACUGGUAAAUCUCUUUCAUUCACUGAUCCAAAAUACAGCAAUGGAAUUGCCAAGUGCAUGCAAAAAAAACCACAAAAAUCACCUGAGAAUGGAGAACAUGGUACAAGUGCUAAAUAAAUGAUUAGAGAAUUAUAUAAAUAACUAGUUUUAAAACAUUUUGUGAAUCACAUCCAGCAUUUAAUUUCUUUAUCUAUCUAUCUAUCUAUCUUUUCUUCUUCUUUUUUUUUUUUUUUUUUUUUUUUUUUUUUUACAUUGGAUCAAUUAUCUAGAACUCAUAGCAUUUUUGCAGCUCUACAGCUCUGUCCUUUGGCUCAGUUUGCACCUCACAGCUCAGUUUAGCAGCUCACAUCUACAAAAAGUGUUGCCCGCGAACCAAAAUACACGGCAUGUCCAGUUCACUUCCUGCAGUUGGGUCAGUUCAGGGUCAAAUCGCUCUCCCACUGCAGUAGAACUGCAUUUGAAACCGGACUGUGAGCACCUCACGGACACGCUCUGACUUGUUGUUUUGGUUCAAUUGUGUCUGCUGUGUACUCAACUGCCUAAAUAGGCCACAUCAAGGGGGAAAACACACCAGGGUUCAUUUCAGAUGGACUAAAUGCUCCAUAUGUGAAAGUACCCUUAAUUGUCCGGUCUCCCUCCCCUUUACCUACCUGAGUCCCAAAGGCAAGCCCAACUUAAUGUUCAAAAAUUCUAUUCUAAAAAACUAUUCACUGACUUCAAUGGACAAAAUACUACAUCAGGGCUCCUGCAAUAUAGAAAAGAAAAAAGAAAAUAUAUUACGAUGUUUCUUCACAAAAUAUCUAUAUAUAUAGACAUAUAUAUAGAUAUAGAUAUAUAUAUAUAGAUAUAUAUUUCUAUUUAAAGAUGAAGUGAAUAUAUAAUUGAUUAGAACAGAAAUAUGUCAUAUCUAAUUGAAUAAAGAAAUAAAUAAAUAUAUAUAUGUAUAUAUAUAAAAAGAUUUGAAGACAAUCGCUCAGUGGGAGGAGCAGCAGAACAAAAGGAGAGGUUGAUCACAAAAGGAGAGACAAACGGGUAACAGAUGUUACACCCAACAGAAGUACAUGUGUGUUAAGAUAGUGAGGGGUUGAAUUUGGAGUCAGUUGUGAUUAGAAGCUCCAGUGCUGCUCAGAAAGUUUGCUAUUCAGGAAUCAGAAUGAAAGGGAUCAGUAAUUAUCUAGAAUUAUUUAGAAUCAAAAUCAAAUCUACAUUCCAAUAUGUAGUCAGAUGUUUAGGUGCAUUAUUAUAGCCACAUGUCAUUUAUUAUCACAGUGGUGUCUUAAAGGCCAGUGGUAGUAUUAAUAACAGACAUGAUUGCACACAAAUUAAUAUACUUAUAGCAUGGAUUAAAAACUACACCACUGAAACUAAUUUGGUGAGUACUUUCACAUUGUAGCCACAGGAUGAAAACAUCUUCAGAGCUCUAUUUACACAAAAACCAUUAUUGCCGCCUUUCAACACUUGUUCAAUGUGUAGAUUAUUAGAAAUAACUGAUAUGUUAACUUAUGUAUUGAAAAAUUCACCACGUUACUGUCAUGGCACACAGCCUUUCCCUACCCACCAAAAUUUUAAAUAAUUAUCAUUAUUGAAAAAUGUAAUUCAGAUAGGGGAAAUAAUGUAAUGUUUUAAGUAUGGUUAAGAUUUACACUUCGAUUAAGUCAUCAACAGUAGUAAACUGAUACCAAGCCUCAACAGAUAAUGCUUGCAGUACAAACUUUUACUCCCAUAAAACACACACGCACACACACAUUAUGUGAUCCACUCUGCAGCUGUUUUAAUGGAUAUCAAGUAGGAUGAAAGUAUAAAACAUACUUCGAAAGUAUAGGCUAUGGAAAAUAUUAGGCUGAUGGAGCUGAUGUAAUCAGAAUGCAAUUUGAGACACUGACUAAUGAUAACUCUUAAAGAAGUGAUCACUUGGAUUACAAUCUAACCACUGCUGUUUGAGCAAUGCUGAACCCCAGGUUUGCCUAAAGGUGUUCAUACUGUUUUUAUACUCCAUUCCCACCACAGAAUAAAUGUGUGGUGGGCUGGGAAAACCCAACAUCAAAUAAUUAUGAAAAAACUAAAUUGCAUUUUUUGGCCAGUAACAUGCUUUGACAUCACUGAUUUAAAAAAAACAUUAAUAUAAUUUACCAAAAGUGACAUGGAACUCUCUUAUUUUAGGCUACUUGGUUGGAUCUUGUUGGUUAGGGAGCCAGUUAACAAACACAGUAGUGAAAACAGUAGGUCUGUCUAAAGAUGUCUAAAACCUCACUACUUAAGUGUGGUUCUCUCACACAAUGAAUGUCACCCCCUGAUCAAGUUGUUGAAUAGUUAUGCUCCAUAGCAAAAUAGUCAUUAGCUUAAUCAGUGCUAUUUAUAAUAAGAUACUGACUGUCAAAUUGUCCUGCAUUUGCGCCUUCACAUCACCAUUAAAACAGAGAAGUGUGCUUACAGACUAUGUACAGAUGACAAAGGACAUAGUUUUAAAAUGUUUAAAUAAACUAAUAAAAAGAUAUCAAUAAAAAUAAAUUUAACCAACAUAAUAGAAGUGAUUGAAUUCAUCAGUGAUUAUUUCCUCACCAAUGUUAGUUUGAACAGAAAUUGAGUGAAGUGAUGACAGUAAGGCUUGUGUUUAAAAGCUGUGAGUGACGUUUACCCUAGGUGAUGAGACAGAGACAGAUGUGGAUGAUGCUGCGACAGAUGUGAAUUUCAUAUUAUAAACUUAUGAUUCUUUAAAAUUUGGCUGUAGAUAAGGUUAUAAUGUAGAAGUGUGUCGUGCGCCUUUCACUUGAAUUUGGAAUUAUAUCCUUAAAUACAAUUUUCUCCUUUUUUACUUUUGGGGUAACCAGACUUAAAAUGCUAGAACUUCACUUAUGGUUGAGAAAUGUGCAAUACCAUACCAAUUUCAGUUCAGGUAAGCCUUUUCACAAUUUAGUUUUCACAACUAUAUAUAUAUAAUAGAAAAUGAAAAAUUUGACCAUGUGAAGGGUUUUCCCAGGCUGCCACACAAUUAAUUAAAUUCAGUUUAAAGUGUUCCUCUCAGUGUUGCACAGAAAACCACAAAGGUAUGUAGGUCUCUAUGUGCCCGUCUCUCUGUGGACAUACAGUAUUCAUACUUGUUCAGACAUUUCCUGCACUUUUUUAAAUAAUAACUGUCUAUCCACUUUGGAAAUACUCACAAUGGACUGAUAUGACUUUCAGCUUUUCAUUUUAAUAUUUAUGGUCUCCUGUUUGGUUUGUCUUAUUUUCCUUUAUGUGAUUGCUUCUGUUGAGAAAUGCAGUUGUUAUGCAGUGGGGCAGGCCUGUUUAGCCAGUUGAAAUCAGGGAUCCUGUAGUUCCCAGUAAUCACAGGAAAAGCUGUGUUGAUAUUGGGUGGAGUCAGGAAUCAAUCCCCAUCCACCCUGUUUGGCCAAUUUCCUCAACCAAUCAGAUUUCCUGCUUUACCCAGGCCCCUCCUGUCAGUACAAUUUCUGCAAAUAAUGACUCUUGUAUAUAAGAAAGUGUUUUGUAUAAAUAACUACUAUUUUCGACAUCUCCAGAAAAAAAAAACAGGGCACAAUUGAAAAAAAAAAAAACUCUGUUUAAAGAUCUAACUUUAAGUCAUAGGGGAUUAAAAAUAAUAAAAUAUAUAAAAUGUAAUAAAAAAAAAUUUUAAAAAUAGCUUACACAUUAUUUUAUGUUCUUAA